AUGAAUACACCACCGCACCAACUCAUCGACUCACUGACCAAUAGCAGCAGAUCAGGGAUGCAUUUCUCUUGGACAGUUGGUAGCCCUGAGGGUGAAGUCCUCCGUCCUGUGCGGCGCCCACACCCACACGCCCGCGCCACUCCCACAGCCUGGCGCGUGACGCUCUCAAGGUGUUUCCGUAAUUUUUUGGUGCGUAUCUGUGUCGAUCUGCGAACUUUUUCUCCUCUUCGCGUGUGUCGUGAGAAGGGAUCUGGGAAGAGGUAUCGUCGAGUGAGACAUGAGGUAUUCGCCGGCUCCUUGCGUCUCCUUGCGUCCUGCUCGCUGAUUUUACAUGCCUACCUCACUCGUGCCCCGAUGCGAGUACAGAGACAGGAGACCAGUAGGAAGGACACACCCAUCCCCUCCUUGAUGAGUGGCCGGCUCAGUGGUGCAGGUGGUCGUCUCACCUGCUCUCUAGAUAAAGCACCCCUUGAUACCAGGAACACAGCGCACCGACCUAGUUACGUGCGGGGAAGGUAAGGUCAUGUGGGCGGCCGCAGCAGCUGUUUCGUUGUGUCCAUAAACAAUUUAGAUCACGUAAAGAACA